AUGUUGAGUCUGGAGGAUUUUGACGGGAGAGAGGUGAAGGAAGACCAGAGUUCCUUUAACGUCUUGUUAGAGGUUGCAGAAGUUGCAACUGAGAAAUUUGAGAGAGAGAAGGGACUGGAGAAGGAGAAACUCCUCAAGAGGUCGGUUGUGGUGGAUGAAGAUGAGAGGAAUACCAUGAAGAUGAGCUUCAAAGCUGUUGAAAGGGAAGAACAUGUUUUGAACUUCAAGAAGCAGAAGAUGAGCUUAGGGUUUGAUCCAACACCUAAUACGCUCAUGAAAGAGUGUCUAGUUGGGGAAAAGUCCUCGAGGAAGGAAAGUGCGUACCCAGAAUUUGACAAGGCAAAGCAUGAGAGACCAAUGAGAAAAAAGCUCCUCAAGAGGCCUAUAGACAGUGAAAGCUUAUUGAUCGAUGAAGAGAAGAAAGGCAUGAAAACAAGUUUUGAAGCUAUUGGCAGUGAAAGCUUAUCGAUUGAUGAAGAGAAGAAAGGCAUGAAAACAAGUUUUGAAGCUAUUGACAGUGAAAGCUUAUCGAUUGAUGAAGAGAAGAAAGGCAUGAAAACGAGUUUUGAAGUUGUUGACAAUGAAAGCUUAUUGAUUGAUGAAGAGAAGAAAGGCAUGAAAACAAGUUUUGAAGCUGUUGACAGUGUAGAAGAUGUUAUGAAAUUCAAGACAAAUAAGAGUUUGAAAUCUGAUACAGUUGAACCUGAUUUGCCUCAAGAAUUUAGGCAGCGAAUAAUGGAGUUGGGAGGCACUGAUAUAGUGUUGGUACUUCAAAAGAAGCUCUUCAAGGCUGACGUAAACGAGAUUCAAACUCGUUUCUCAAUUCCGCAGAACCAAGUCAAGAAUGAGUUUCUUACAGAGGUUGAAGUGAGCAGAAUUCACACACGUGAUGGCAAGAAAUUGAUGGCUAUAGAAGUACUAAUGAUUCAACCAGAUCUUCAAGAGAGCACACUCAAAUUUAAAAUAUGGGAUAUGAAGAAGGUAUCAGGAAGGACCAACUCAUCUUAUGUCCUAGUAGGCGGCUGGUACCCAAUUGCAGAGAGAAAUCACUUGAAGGUAAAUGAUCUUGUUCAAUUAUGGUCAUUCCGAAGAUGCGCAGAACUCUGUUUUGCUCUUGUGGUUGUGCAAAGAGCACGAGUUGAAGACGGAAACACCAACAGCAAUGCAGGUGGUGCAAGGGACUCUGCUGGUCAUGCUAUUUAAUAUGCUAAUGCGGGUAUUAGUAUCCAGGACUUUUGGCUUGGCUGGGUAAAAAUCGAAAUUGUUGGAGCAUACUGCUGACAAGCAUUGUGUAUUACAUGUUCUGUCUCGUUUAUUUCAACCCGCUGGGUUGGUAAUACUUAGCUAUGUACGUUAAUAACGGAUCCCAAAUGUCUACAGAUCUGAUGGAGAACUUCUAGGGUCCAACAGUCAAUGUUUGUACAAACUAGUUACAGUUUUUCCUGAGAUAGACUUUCAAAAUGUUUUGAUUGCUGAUGAUCUUGCUCUUGUGAAACGCUACAAUUUCUCCAUGCUUGUUUCAUUUGAUGUUUUAUGUUUCUUGUCUUUGCCGGAAAAAUUUUGGUUUAGAUCAA